ACAGUGAUGGUAUGAUAUAUUUCAAUAUAAAUUAGUGUAUUUUUACACAUUCCUUUAAUUUUUAAUUAUUCACAGACAACUCAAAAACUAUGAAGAAAGCUCUAGUACUUCCAGUACCCAAGAUAGAGGAGCCAGCGCCUGAAAAGCCUGAGGGUCAGCAAUCGCAACGUCUUUACUACGAUAUGCUGGUCAGAGAUGUCAAUGAUCUGAUGUCUGCCAUUGAAAUGUUGAAUUAUAGUCGCGCCAAAGCGAUUGUUACUCAGAGCAAGGACAGUUUGCGAUUGGUGAACUGUAGCUGCGGGACUCUGCAGCUGUCACCUCUGCAGCUGGCUGCAUCGCUGCCCAACAAUCCAAACAAACUGCUCAUUGUACAACUUCUUAUCGAGCAUGGCGCUAGGGUGCACGAUUCGGACAGAUACGGGCGCACCGCCCUAUACCAAGCUGCCUCGAUGGGGUCCCACGAGGUGGUGCGACUCCUGCUGGAGAGGGGAGCCAAUCCUAACACCCGUUGCACGCUCAAGGUGCAGGACAACAUUGCCAUCGAGAACGUGCCAUUCGAGAAGGAACUCUCGCUGCCCGAGAAGUUUGAGCCGCCGAAAGUGUGGGGCCGCACCCCUUUGCACCAGUGCGUUCGUAUCAAUCACGUGCCGUGUGUUCAGCUGCUGCUGGACAGAAAAGCGACUGUCAACACCCUCGACUCCGAUGAGUGCAGUCCGCUCCAGUUGGCUGGCAUCAGGCUGCCCAUCAACAUUCGCAUCCAGUUGCAGAGAUACGAAGCAAUAGUGGACCUGUUAGUGAAGAGCGGUGCAGAUGUGAACAUACUGGCGAAGGGGGAUGCUCUGCCGCCCCUCUUCCAGUCGGUGAAGCUGGGUUCUGUGGGGGCGACGUCUCUGCUGCUCAACGCCGGCGCCAAAGCAUCCACCAUCCAUGAGAAGACCGGCAAGAACAUCCUGCAUAUGGCCGCCGAGUCCAGCAGACCCAACGUCAUCGAACAGCUCAUCAAGAGUCACAGCGAAGUCAGGAGUUUUGUCAAUAUGCCUGAUCGGAACGGAUGUACACCUCUUCACCAAGCGGCCUACAUGAGUGACAAAGAGUGCCUGAGAAUGCUUAUCAACAAUGGAGGAGAUCUGGCUGCUGAGACUGAGGAAGGAUUCUCCGUUAUCUAUGCUAUUUACCAGCAUAUUCCGCGACCCAGGGAAUUCCUCAUCGAACUACUCGACUCGAAAAUCAUCUGCAGCAAUGGAAAAAAGAAGAGUGAUCCUUGCUCUUGUGUUGAACUGGACUUCCAGAUGCUGGCUCCCCGUGACAACAAUCGGCAGAUGUCUGUUGUCUCCCUGCUGACCUGCGAGCAGAAGCUGAUUCAGCAUCCGCUGAUUGAGGCCUUCAUCCACGUCAAGUGGAAAAAGAUGCGCUGGUUGUUUUUCUUUAUCUUCAGUCUGCACGUCUGCUUUGUCAUCUCUCUCUCGCUCUUCAGCCUGCUAUUGGUCAACCCGGCAUGGGCUCACGAUAAGUAUAAGAACCUGUUCACAACCCUCCGUCAAACGACUCGCAUAGUGCUGGCACUGUCUGCCUUCCUGCUUCUGUUGCACUCUUUCCUGCAACUGCUGCUGAUGGGCCUUCUGCGCUACCAGAUGACCGAACCCUGGGUCAACUGCAUCUGCUCGCUGUAUGGCCUGCUGAUGGCCUUCUGGGUGGACCAGAGUUGUGUCUACCGCAGCAACAAGAUGGCCAUCCUCACGCACAUCGCCUCCAUUGUCAUUGUCACCGCCUGGGGCUGCCUCAUGUUCCAGAUGGGCCGGUUCCCCUGCUGGGGUAACUAUGGCCUCAUGUUCACCGCUGUGCUCAAUAAUGUGCUAAAGGUGAUGUCGACCGGAGUGUGCCUAUUCAUAGGGUUCGUGUUGUGCUUCUGGAUCCAGUUCCCUUCCAAGUUCAAAGGCGCGUGGAACCCGUUCAUCAGAAUGGUGAUCAUGAUGACCGGCGAACUGAACGACGAGUUCUUCUUCACAUACGACUCACCCAAUGAACUGCAGUGCAGUCGAUUAGUCUUCGUUAUCUUCAUACUGCUGGCAUCCAUAGUUCUCACUAAUCUCAUGCUCGGUCUUGCCGUCAAUGAUGUUCAGGCGCUGCAAUUGGAAGGCCACGCCAUCCACCUGAAGAAGCAGACAGAGUUUAUAGUGCACUUGGAGCGGCUGACCACCCACUGGCUGCUGCACAGUCGAUUCUUCCCCUCGAUUAUUCGAGAAAUGCUCAACACAAAGCACCACGUUCCCAUCAAGCUGUUUGUCAAGGACAUAGGCUUUGAUCACGGAGAGCUGCCUGACAGAAUCAUGGAUGAAAUUGUUCCCAUCGCUCGAGCUAAACGACUCAACAAAGCUGCUGAUAAACCUACCAGAGAGGAAAGCAGAUCAAUAUUGGUGGCACAGGACUCUUUCGAUUUGCCUUCAAUCUCGACAGAAGUGACCGAUGUGACAGACAAUAAGCCGAAGACGAGCAGUUUUGGAGCCAGUUUACAUUUGGACGAUAUGGGCGCAAGCGGAAGUGGCCAGGAAGACAGCAGCACUGAAACUGUACAACUGUUGAAAGAAAUCAAGCAUUUACUGUUGACAAGAGAUCACGACACCUCGACAAUACAAAGAAGUAAUACACUGACCACUAUCGAUGAUCAGCCCAAUGUGGGUGCGUUUCUCAGGCGACUGAGUCAGGUGAAGCGGGCCAGAUAAGAAAACAAUCAAGAUAUCGGGACUCUUUGAUACAAUAUUAGAUUUAGCAACAGUUUAUUUGAAUAUGAAAUAUUGAGGAUGUCUUAGGCCCGGUUG